AACUUGACAAACCUAACCGAAUCAUGGCAACAAAACAAGAUAUACGUAUAGCCUGCGUGAUGGUUGGACUUCCUGCACGGGGGAAGACCUAUAUAUCUACCAAAAUCCGGCGCUACCUCACCUGGCUUGGCAUCAAGACACAAGUAUUCAAUGUGGGCAGUUAUCGACAACGAAUAGCAGGACUCAAUAAGCCGCACACGUUCUUCGAUGCGAACAAUUCGGACGCAAUGAACCAGCGCAAGGAAGCUGCCGAAGCUGCACUGAAGGAUAUGAUCCAAUGGUUUGACAAGGACAAGGGUGCUGUCGCUAUUUACGAUGCAACCAACGGCACGCGGGAACGCAGAGCCUGGGUGCACAAACAAUUUACGGCGCGAGGUAUAGAGGUCCUCUUUAUCGAGUCCCUUUGCGACGAUGAAAAGGUCAUUCUCGACAACAUCCGCGACGUCAAAUUGUCGUCGCCCGAUUACGAAGGAAUGAAUCCUGACGAAGCUACCAAGGACUUUGUGGAGCGUAUAGAGCAUUACAAGGAGUUCUAUGAAACGAUCACCGAGGACGACUACACGUAUAUCAAACUCGUCGAUGUUGGCAAGCAAUACAUUAUCAAUAAGGUACACGGGUACCUGGAAAGUAAAAUCGUUUAUUACUUGAUGAAUUUACAUGUCCGUCCAAAAAGGAUCUGGUUCAGUAGACACGGUGAGUCCAUGUUCAAUUUGGAGGACAAAAUUGGAGGAGAUGCUGAUCUUUCACCGCGGGGCCAAAUGUACGCCGAUUCCCUUCCAAAACUUAUCGAGAAACAUCUCGGCGACCGUCCCUUGACUGUGUGGACGUCUUCAAUGAAACGCACCAUACAAACUGCCAAGAACUUGCAGUAUCCAAAGAAACAUUGGAAGGCUUUGGAUGAGCUUAAUACGGGCGUGUGCGAUGGAAUGACCUAUCAGGAAAUCGAGGAACAAUACCCAGAGGAUUUUGCUCGUCGUGAUGAGGAUAAAUUCAAUUACCGGUACCGUGGUGGCGAGAGCUACCGAGACCUGGUACUACGACUGGAACCUGUCAUUAUGGAACUGGAACGUCACGAAAACAUUUUAAUUAUUGCUCAUCAGGCCACUAUACGAUGCAUGUAUGCAUAUUUCAUGAACCUAGAACAUGAUGAACUUCCAUAUGCACGGAUUCCACUUCACACCGUCAUUGAGCUCGUUCCUCGGGCGUAUGGCUGCGAAGAAAAACUUUACAAAGUCGACAUCGAAGCUGUAGAUACAUACCGACCAAAGGUUCCUCCUCGCGCAGCAAAAGACAUGAAAGAACCCGAAACAAGUAGAAUUGGAGCGAGUGGUGAAAUCGCUGAUAUAUCUUUACCUGUCCUCCCCUUAUAAGACUCUUUUUCUCCGUCCUCUCGCUCACCACGUUAUACCCGAUACGUAAAAUGUAGACCUUACUCUUAUUAUAUUUAUAAAACGAAAGAUAAAGA